CAUUAUGCCAGUGGGUGACCAAAUCAAAGUUAUUGAUUUUUCUUGUACCUGGAAGUAGAACAUUCCGUGUCUUUUGAUUCUGAAAAGAGAAAUACACUUACAGAUAAAGAUGUCUAGUAAAUUGCAGGAAGCUCAAGAACACUGCAAGGCUGCCGAAAAAUUCCUCAAGACAUCACUUUUGAAAUGGAAGCCAGAUUAUGACUCGGCAGCCGAUGAAUACAAUCAAGCAGCUCAAUGCUAUCGUAUUGCGAGGGAUGUGAAUAAAUCCAAGGAAUGUUACAUGAAGGCCUCCGAUCUGUACACGAAAAAUCAUUCAUUCUUCCAUGCGGGUAAAGCUAUUGAAAAUGCUGUUAUUGUAAGCAAAGAGGUUGCAAGUCCUGAAGAGCUUUAUAACAUGGGUUUGGAAUCCAGCAACCUGUAUCAACAACAUGGCUCCGGUGAUUCUGGAGCCAAUGUUUUGGACAAAGUGGCAAAGAUUAUCGAGGAUAGGGCACCGGAAUUGGCCGUUAAACUGUUCCAACAAGCAGCUGAUGUAUCUUCGACUGAGAGCAGUCAGCACCAGGGAUCGGAGUACAUAAGCAAGUCGUCGAGGAUUUUGGUGAAAAUGGAACGAUAUGAUGAAGCUGUUGAUAGUAUACGUCGUGAGAUCGGUUUUCAUCAGGAAUCAGGGAAUAUAAAUGCUGUUGGUAGAUUGACGGUGGCUAUUGUAUUGGUACAGCUGGCUAGGGGUGAUGCGGUCGCAGCUGAAAAGGCUUACAAAGAAUGGGGUAACAAUUGUGAGGCUCCCGAGAUGCAGACAAUCGAGCAACUUUUACAAGCAUAUGAUGAAGAGGACAGGGAAUCUGCUAAGAGGGCGCUCGCAUCGCCUUUCAUACGGAGCAUGGAUGUUGAAUAUGCGAGACUGGCUACCACGGUACCACUGCCCGAAUCAAUCGAACCCAUACCGAAGGCCAAUGUCAGGGAAAAUGCAGCGCCCUCAUAUGUCAGCCCCAACGCUAAUCCAGGCUCUGAGUUACAGGAGGGCAACACCCGUGAAGGCUCUGGCCAACAAUCCACAUUUGAUACAUCAGCUUUUGAUGUUAAGAAUGAUGAUGAAGACGAACUCUGUUGAGUUAAAUACAAAUGUUGUUAUAUUAUCAAAUGUCUAUAAAAUUAUCCCUCACUUAUGUGUGAGGAUGUAAUCAUAUUAGCUUGCUGUAAGAUCAAAACACUACUUUUUUUUUUAUAAAUGUCACUAUCUAUUCGCAUCCAUAAACAAUUUAGCCUCAUUGCUCUCACCUCCUUGCUGACAUUCUUAAAGUUUACAUUAUAUAAAUACUUAAAAAAAAAUCAUAAAUUAAGUCUUCAAAGAUUUUCUAUUCCUAAUCUAUUGAGCAUAGUUUUAGAUAAAAUAUAUUGAGAAAAUUAAUGUUUACAGCCAUUUGUUGGAUUUCGCAAGGUGCUUCUUUUGUGAUUGUUAGUUUGUAUAUUGUUUGAUACUGGAUAAUUUCAAUAGUAAUAUUUUGUGCAAUGUUUAAUGUGAAAAAUAUUGUUUAUUUUUAUAAUAUUUAAAUAUUAUUCGGCUGUAGUUGUCUCAGCUAUGUUAGUUGUUAAGCACUUUGAUAUUGGAUCUUUAUAAAUACAGAUCACAAGUGGCAGAUACUGACACUGGCACAUUUGCUUUGCUUGAAAUAUUAACAGAAAUCAUUGCUGGUCGUAGACUGUUCUCGUUUUUAAUUUUAUAUUACUUUAAUAAAUAAUAGAUAUAUGUAGAGUUUUGUAGAUUUAUGUACAGUCUUAUAAUUUUUAUAGACAUAUAGGAUUUAAGGAUAAAUAUAUACUUUACAAUAGGUUUUGCUUACAUAUUAUAAUUUCAAAAAUGUUCUAGUGUUAUUUAAUAAUUUGUAAUUCAUUGAUGAAAUAUUAUAUAUAUAUAUAUAUAUAUAUAUUAAUUUAGAAAAUUAUUAAGCUAGUUUGUGUCAAUUUUAUUAAAAAACAUUAUAAAUUAUAGAAAUGAAUAUUAGCUGAAAUAUAUCUGUGUUUAAAAUUCAA